AUGUUGACGAUUAUUGCUGUGCUCAUUUUCAUCGCCUCUACUUCAGGUGAAAGUGCCCCAAAGAUGUGGGGUUCACGAGUUAUAGGGAAGAAGUCGGGACCUUCGGACACAAUGCAUUACGAGUACAACGACAAAUUUGUACGUUCUGUGACGUGGUAG